GCGCAGCUGUCUGACGCCACUUUUUAUUGCGUAUGUGUAGGUCCAGUGACACCGAUAUUUUCUUAGGCCAGACCUACAUAUGAUUCAAACAUUAUUUAUUCAGUCACCCUGCACCUCGUGGAAAUAUACCUUAGGAUCUAUGGGUAUUAUGGAACGUAGUCAUGUAUAUCUCCUGCUCCUCUGCUGUUUAUUCUUCAGAGAAAGUAUUUGUGGCACCACAUUAAUUAAAGACAAGUGUGGAUUUUCUGGGGAGUCAGUAUCAUUUAGCUGUACAAUACCAUCUACAGAAUUUACACAACCUAUAGCAUGGAGCAAUGACAUCAUUGUUGGAGACAUCUCAGCUUGUACACCAGGUGGUUGUGGUGCUCCUACUAAUAGUCGUUAUUCUGCAUCAGCAGACCCAAAUGGAAUAUAUAUGACUAUUACAAGACUUACAAGGGCUGAUGAUGAAACAACAUGGAAAUGCACAAUGCAAGGGCAGUCCCCUUCAACUCUAAGUCUUACUAUUAGAGACUUUCCAACUACCUGUGCUCUUAGCAAAAAUUAUGAUGGCAGCUUCAAGUGCGAUACAGACUGUGGUUACCCAACAUCCGACCUCACAAUUGACUGGUUUCUCAACACAACAUCUGCUGUUGUCGAUCUGUCAAACCCAUCGAUAGCUAUAGAUACAACAUCGACACCAGUGUGUUCCAAUGGGGGAAAGGUGUCGGCUACACUUCCUGCAUCAAACAUCAACGAGGAUGGGGAUCUUUAUUGCAAAUGUGGGAUGCAAACUGCCUGUCCACAAAAAGCUCUGAUUGUCAGCGGCAGUGAAUCAGUUACUGGUGAAUAGUAUAACAGGGGACAUAAAAUAUUAGUUAUGUAAUCAGUAAACUAUGUUAUAAUAAACCAGCGGACAUGCUAACUUUGUACUUUCAUC